AUGGUUCUCGCAAAAUCAAAAAAUGCCGUUGGACUGGGGAACAGUUUGAUGAAUGAUAGAUUUGGGAAGGGCAAAGGAGCAGAUCGCAAGAAAACCACAGCAACUGGAAUUCAAAGAACGCACAAAGAUACCGGAGAAACCUAUGUCACCAACGAAAAACAGGAGGCAAGUUGGGUCAAGAUGCGAUCGGUCACAGAGCAGGCAGCGCUCGAUGAAUUCUUGUCUACUGCAGAGUUAGCCGGCACAGAUUUUACGGCAGAGAAGAUGAACAACGUUAAGAUUAUUCAUACUGAUCAAAAGAAUCCAUAUCUUUUAUCGGCCGCCGAGGAACGAGCUGCAGUUGGCAAACAAAAGGUACACAAGGAAAGACUCACGGUUCCGAGAAGACCGAAAUGGGAUUCUUCUACCACGCCGCAGGAACUCGAUAGAAUGGAGAGAGAUGGUCUUUUGGAAUGGAGAAGAGGACUGGCUGAGCUUCAAGAAAAUAACGAUUUAUUGAUGACACCAUUCGAGCGCAACUUGGAGGUUUGGAGGCAGUUGUGGAGAGUUAUUGAGAGGUCUGAUCUUAUUGUCCAAAUCGUUGAUGCUAGGAAUCCACUUCUGUUUAGAUCUGAGGAUUUGGAAAGAUAUGUCAAAGACGUCGAUAGCCGCAAAGAGAAUCUUCUAUUGGUCAACAAGGCUGAUAUGUUAACUUUGGAGCAAAGACAACAUUGGGCCGAUUAUUUUGAGGCGGCCGGUAUCAAAUACAAAUUCUUCUCAGCAGCUUUAGCAAAAGAAUUAAACGAAGCAAUGUUGGAGGAAACCGAAGAAGAAACCAAUGCUUCUACUUCAGCGUCGAAACUAGCAGAAAAGGCCAAAGCACUUGGUCUUGAUAACGAUGAAGAUGACGAGGAUAGUGAUGUGGAUAGCGAAGAACAAGAUGAAGGGGCCGACGCGAACGAAGAGGAUGAAGAAAGUGAUGAUGGAAUAAUGGAGACCGAAAGCACCAGAAUCUUGACAGUGGAUGAGUUGGAGGCUCUUUUCUUGUUGCAUGCACCUGAGAUUCAAGAUUCUGAGUCGGAACAUCCUAGAAAGACUCAAAUUGGUCUCGUUGGAUAUCCUAACGUCGGUAAAUCUUCUACCAUCAACGCCUUAAUUGGCGCUAAGAAAGUGUCUGUAUCAUCGACACCAGGAAAAACGAAGCAUUUCCAAACUAUUCAUCUUAGUGACAAAGUUUUGCUUUGCGAUUGUCCUGGAUUGGUUUUCCCAAAUUUUGCGACUACGAAAGCGGAACUUGUAUGCAACGGUAUUUUACCUAUUGAUCAACUUCGAGAGUUCGUGGGCCCAGCUGGUUUAGUAGCACACCGUAUACCUCAAGGUUUCUUAGAAGCACUGUAUGGAAUGAAAAUUGUGACCCGGCCUUUGGAAGAAGGAGGAACUGGUAUUCCAACUGCCGAGGAAAUGUUAACAGCGUACGCUAGAGCAAGAGGAUUCAGGAGGACAGGGCAAGGUCAACCGGAUGAGUCAAGAGCCGCUAGACAUAUUCUUAAGGAUUAUGUCAAUGGAAAGCUACUGUUCUGUCAGCCUCCGCCAUUAGAUAUUGACCCUUUUGAAUUCAACAGAGAGUUGUACAACGAAGGCCAUCUACCGGAGAAGAGACGACAGGCUCUGGCGUCUAUGGCCUCUGACGCUGAUGACCAAAGUUUUGUCGUGGAUAGCGAUAUCAUCGACAUGCCGCAAGGACCAAAAUCAAAGAAAUUGGACAGUACUUUCUUCGCUCAAGGACAAGGAAACUCGGCACACUUACGAAUGCCUUUCAGUCACAAGUACUCUGAGCAAGGAACUGCGAGCGGGAAACAACUGUCGGGAAGGAAACAGGCAACCUUACUAGCUUUAGAGAAAGACAUGGAUCCGAAUGAUGUUAAGAAACUGACUAGUAAAAAGCAUUUCAAGGGCAACAAACCAGGUGGAAAAGGCAAGCGAAGGGCGAAUUACUUUGCCGAUUAA